UUUUUUUUUUGUCUUUCUUUCUUUUCUUUUCUCAUCUCGUUCUCUAUUUAUAUAUCAUGUCUGAAAACGCUUUUGCUGCUCUCAAGCUUACUCAAAACAACUCUAUGACUUUGGAAGAAUUCCGUUCUCGCAAGGUUGCUCUUAUUACUGGUGUUACUGGUCAAGAUGGUUCUUAUUUGACUGAAUUCUUAUUGGACAAGGGAUAUGAAGUACACGGUAUUAUUCGUCGUUCUUCAUCUUUCAACACUGGUCGUAUUGAACAUAUUUACAAAGACAGACAUGAUCAAGGCGUCAAGUUCUUCCUUCAUCAUGGUGAUUUGACUGAUUCCACUUGUUUGGUUCACAUUAUCUCUCAAGUACAACCCACUGAAGUAUAUAAUCUUGCUGCUCAAUCUCAUGUCAAGGUUUCUUUUGAUAUGUCUGAAUACACUGGUGAUGUGGAUGCCCUUGGUACUUUACGUUUAUUAGAUGCUAUCCGUACUUGUGGUUUAACUGACCGUGUCCGAUUCUAUCAAGCCUCUACUUCUGAAUUAUACGGUAAAGUCGUGGAAACUCCUCAAAAGGAAACCACUCCCUUCUAUCCUCGUUCUCCUUAUGGUGUGGCCAAACUCUACGGUUAUUGGAUUGUGGUCAACUAUCGUGAAUCUUACAAUAUGUAUGCUUGUAAUGGUAUUCUUUUCAAUCAUGAAUCUCCUCGUCGUGGACGUACCUUUGUCACUCGUAAGAUCUCCCGUGCUGUUGCUGAUAUCCAUUUGGGUCGUCAAGAAUGUUUAUACUUGGGUAACAUUGAUGCAAAGCGUGAUUGGGGUCAUGCCAGAGAUUAUGUUGAAGGUAUGUGGUUGAUGUUGCAACAAGAUCAACCUGAAGAUUUCGUUUUGGCUACUGGUGAAACUCAUACUGUCCGCUCCUAUGUUGAAAAGGCUUUUGCUGUCACUGGUCGCAAGAUCAUCUGGGAAGGUGAAGGUGUCAAUGAAAUUGGAAAGGAUGCUGAAACUGGAAAGGUGCGUGUUCGUAUUGAUCCCAAGUACUUCCGUCCUGCUGAAGUCGAUUUGUUAUUGGGUGAUCCUACCAAGGCCAAGGAAAAGUUGGGCUGGACCCGCAAGGUCACUUACGAUGAAUUGGUUACUGAAAUGGUCGUUGCUGAUGUUCAAGGUGGUUUAAACAAUGAUACAAACAACUAGGUCAAUCUCUCUCUCAUACACCACCUUUUAUAGUUUACCCAUCCUUCCUUUUUUUUUUUUUUUUUGUCUGAUUGCAUGUCAUCAUUUAUAUGUUUCUUUUCCCUUCUUGGUGUUUUUGAUAGUUAGUUAGUUAGGUAGUUUAUAUUGUCAGUAGUAGGUUAGAAAUUUAGUUGAAUUUUAUCAAAUAAAAAAAAAUCAUUAGUAUCAUUA